UCGAGGAGCUGAGUCCAGAGGGCUACACGGUCCACAACCCAUGGCCGCUAACCUCUUCCAGUUGUCCUGGAAUGACGAGUUGGCCAGGAUUGCUCAGGCUUGGGCGUUCCAGUGCCAACUGUCCAGUGAAUGUUAUGAAUGUCGUGCCCCUGUCACGAGACCCUACACAUUCACGGGUCAGAACGUACACCAGCUAUCGGGUGCUCCUACACGUCGGUCUACCGAUAAUCUAAGUCAGGUUAAGGAAUGGAAAGCUGUUAUUGAGAGCUGGUACAGCGAAGUGGUCUACGUCGACGAAAGCCUAGUCCGUUCAUACGCGCCCGUCUCUCAGAACAAGAGUAUCGGGCACUACACGCAGAUGUUAUGGGCGUCCACGUAUGAAAUCGGUUGCGGACAAGUAACGUUCGGCCCAUGCAUGGAGUUGGUGAACAACGCUCCAGCCUUUCUAGAAAAAUGUCAACUUUUCGUAUGCAACUACGGACCUGCCGGGAACCAAAUCACGCAUCCCGUUUACAGUAUCGGGCCAGCAGGCACCAUGUGUCCAUACGGGACUUCUUCGCAGUACAACGAGCUCUGCAUAACUCCUCCUAAAUCAACGAAUUGAUUUCACCUUUUCAAUUGUUAAAAAGGUUUGGACAUAUCAGAUGAAUAUUCUUAAUCCAGAAUUUUGAGUCGGGUAUGCUUGACUGCUAACUCCUUGCGCUGCUACUCGUACCCAGAAAAAUAUUUUUUAUUAUAAACUCUGAAUCUUUGUGUACACAAAUAUUUAAUAAAAAUUCAGUGUAUGAAUGUUGUUCGACUAAUUUUCUCCAUAUUUAAAUUUUAGUGACAAUUUUCCUCUUAGAGCUACUGAAAUUGAAGGA